GCCGACCUCGAAGGCGGGCGAGUCGAGCGCCGAGGCCGUCGAGCGCGGUUUCGCUGGCCGCGCCUGGGAAAGAAGCAGGAACCGCACCUCAGGGCGAAGGAGAAGCGGGGUGGGUCUUAGUGCGGGUCGGACGCCUCGUCGCCGCUUGGCUUUGCCCGGACCGUCGCCGGGGCCUGGACGGCGGCGGAGGAGAACUUUUCCCGCGUCCGAUGAAGGAGGAGGAAGCCGAGAGGUCAGAAGAUAACCGUCUUUAGAAGCUUGGGGACACAACGAAGAGGAAUCCCCAUUGUUUCUGUCGAAAUGAGUUUGAGCCAUAGAAUAUGGUUAAUGUCGCAGUUACCAAGGUUUUGAUUUGUUACCUGCAAAUCCCAUUGUCAAUGAAGGAAGAAGCCGCUUGGGAAUUUGAGGUGGGAACAAGGUCCUAAUACUGUUCACCAUGCGCAAAGGGGUGCCAAAGGACCCGGAUAUAGCCGACCUGUUCUACAAAGAUGAUCCUCAGGAACUGUUUGUGGGUUUACAUGAAAUUGGACAUGGGAGCUUUGGAGCCGUUUACUUUGCCACCAACGCCCGCACCAAUGAAGUGGUGGCAAUCAAGAAGAUGUCCUACAGCGGCAAGCAAACAAAUGAGAAAUGGCAGGAUAUUAUCAAGGAAGUCAAGUUUCUACGACAGUUGAAGCACCCCAACACCAUAGAAUACAAGGGUUGUUACUUAAAAGAACAUACUGCCUGGUUAGUGAUGGAGUACUGUUUAGGGUCCGCUUCGGAUUUGUUGGAAGUUCACAAGAAGCCGCUUCAGGAAGUUGAGAUAGCUGCCAUUACCGAUGGUGCCUUGCAGGGGCUGGCCUACCUGCAUUCUCAUUGUAAGAUACAUAGGGAUAUCAAAGCGGGAAAUAUUCUUCUGACAGAGCCAGGCCAGGUCAAGCUGGCUGAUUUUGGGUCUGCAUCUAUAGCCUCUCCUGCCAACUCCUUCGUGGGGACCCCUUACUGGAUGGCUCCCGAGGUAAUCCUGGCUAUGGAUGAAGGACAGUAUGAUGGAAAGGUCGAUGUUUGGUCUCUUGGGAUCACGUGCAUCGAGUUAGCGGAACGGAAGCCUCCCCUCUUCAAUAUGAAUGCGAUGAGUGCCUUAUAUCACAUAGCCCAGAACGACUCCCCAAUGCUACAGUCGAACGAAUGGACCAACUCUUUUCGGGGAUUUGUUGAUUACUGCUUGCAGAAAAUACCUCAGGAAAGGCCAUCGUCGGCAGAACUAUUGCGGCAUGAGUUUGUGCGGUGUGAGCGGCCUCCCCGGGUCCUAAUAGAUUUGAUUCAAAGGACGAAGGAUGCGGUGCGAGAACUGGAUAACCUUCAGUACCGGAAAAUGAAGAAGAUCCUCUUCCAAGAGGCCCACAACGGCCCUCUGAACGAAUCUCAGGAAGAGGAGGAGGACAGUGAGCAUGGGACAAACCUGAGUAGGACGAUGGACAGUCUGGGCAGCAACCAUUCUAUCCCCAGCAUGUCUGUCAGCACAGGCAGCCAGAGCAGCAGUGUCAACAGCAUUCAGGAGGUCCUGGAUGAGAGCAGCUCUGAGCUGGUCAUGAUGCAUGACGACGAGAGCACCCUUAAUUCCACUUCCUCUGUUGUGCACAAGAAGGAUCAUGUAUUCAUAAGGGAUGAGGUGGGCCACGGGGAGCGCAGGCCUGAGCUGCGGCCUACCCACUCAGUCCAGAAUCAGGCCCUCCACUACCGGAACCGAGAACGCUUUGCCACAAUCAAAUCAGCAUCUUUGGUUACAAGGCAGAUCCAUGAGCAUGAGCAGGAGAACGAGUUGCGGGAACAGAUGUCAGGAUAUAAGCGGAUGCGGCGCCAGCACCAGAAGCAGCUGAUCGCCCUGGAGAACAAGCUGAAGGCUGAAAUGGAUGAGCACCGCCUCAAGCUGCAGAAAGAGGUGGAGACUCAUGCCAACAACUCGUCCAUUGAGCUGGAGAAGCUGGCCAAGAAGCAAGUGGCCGUCAUAGAAAAGGAGGCAAAGUCAGCGGCAGCAGAUGAGAAGAAAUUCCAGCAGCAGAUUUUGGCUCAGCAGAAGAGGGAUCUGACCAAUUUCUUAGAAAGUCAGAAGAAGCAAUACAAGAUUUGCAAGGAAAAGAUUAAAGAGGAGAUGAACGAGGAUCACAGCACACCGAAGAAGGAGAAACAGGAGCGGAUAUCCAAACACAAAGAGAACCUGCAGCACACACAGGCUGAAGAGGAGGCCCACCUUCUCAGCCAGCAGAGACUCUACUAUGACAAAAACUGCCGUUUCUUCAAGCGAAAAACCAUGCUCAGGAAGCACGAGUUGGAGCAGCAAAACAUUCGGGAGGAGCUAAACAAGAAGAGGACCCAGAAAGAAAUGGAGCACGCCAUGCUGAUCCGGCACGACGAGUCGACGCGGGAGUUAGAAUAUAGGCAGCUGCACACGUUGCAGAAGCUGCGUAUGGACUUGAUCCGGCUGCAGCACCAGACGGAGCUUGAGAACCAGCUGGAGUACAACAAGCGGCGGGAGCGGGAGCUGCAUAGGAAGCAUGUCAUGGAACUGCGGCAGCAGCCCAAAAACCUGAAGGCCAUGGAAAUGCAGAUCAAGAAGCAAUUCCAGGACACAUGCAAAGUGCAAACCAAGCAGUAUAAAGCACUCAAGAACCACCAGCUGGAAGUGACUCCAAAGAGUGAGCACAAAACUAUUUUGAAAAGCCUGAAGGACGAGCAGACAAGGAAGCUUGCCAUCCUGGCUGAACAGUAUGAGCAGAGCAUCAACGAAAUGAUGGCGUCGCAAGCGCUGCGGCUAGACGAGGCUCAGGAAGCAGAAUGUCAGGCCCUGCGGCUGCAGCUUCAGCAAGAGAUGGAGCUGCUCAAUGCCUAUCAGAGCAAAAUCAAGAUGCAGACGGAAGCACAGCACGAGCGGGAACACCAGAAGUUGGAGCAGCGGGUGUCGUUGCGGAGGGCCCACCUGGAGCAAAAGAUUGAAGAGGAGUUAGCGGCCCUCCAGAAGGAGCGCAGCGAGCGGAUCAAGAUCCUGUUGGAAAGGCAAGAGCGAGAGAUUGAAACUUUUGACAUGGAGAGCCUUCGAAUGGGCUUUGGAAAUUUGGUCACAUUAGAAUUUCCUAAGGAGGACUACAGAUGAGAUUAAAUUUCUUUUGCCAUUAAAAACAAAACAAAAAUGCAAACCAACAACACAAAAAAACCAAUCUCAAAAAAUCCCAACAUUCCCCCCAUGUUAACGGGUGUGCUCUCUCUCUUUCUGUCUCUCUCUUACUGACAUCGCGUCGGACUUAGUGCCUGUAUAUUCUUACUCCAUCAGGGGCCCCCCCUUCCCGCCAAGUGUCACGUUCCGGAGCUGGACCGCGCUCGGCAGCCUCUUGAAUCUCAUAGUGUCUCACAGUAUUGAUGUCUCUGUGCAAUGAUUUUUUUAGAAAACAAACAAACAAAAAAUAACGUUUCAGUGGAAACUUUGGAGACAAUUCUAAUGAGUCAAAAAAAUACAAAACAAAGUGGAUGUAUGUUUGCUUUUGAGCAAUCACUCAUGUUGUGUUGCCACCAACCAAUGACAAAUACAAGCAAAAAACAAAACAAAACAAAACCACACACAAAAUUUUUAAAACCAGAAGUCAGAUUCCCCAGGGGGAGAGAGAUGGAUAUCGCAGCCUUACCUUAAAUCAGCUGCUGCAUAACAUUUAGUUUUUAAUUUUAUUAUUAUUAUUAUUAUUAUUAUUAUUACGAUGAUUUCUUUUUUUGGUAUUUAUUCAUCAGGAAUAAUUAAAUGAAAAAAUAAUAAAAAAAUUUAUUAAGAGAUCGAGAAUUUGAUACAUUUUACAGAAAAUAGGAAUUCUGACUUGUGCUGUACAUAUCAGUGGUGGACAUAAUUAUUACUUUGGGGGCGGCGGGGCGGGGAAAAGGGGGGGCGGGUGGGGAAAGAGGGAGAGACUGAUUUUUUUGAAAAAAAUAAAAUAAAAUAAAAGGGCCAGGCCAGGCCAAGUGGGUUUUUUUGGCCGCGGUCUUUGGCACAUUCUUGAUUGUAUCAUAAAUCAUUUUCUGCUGUAGCAGAGAAUGUGAAUACACUUAAAAAAAUAAAAAUAAAAAAAGACGCCCAGAAGGAUCCCAGGAGCACAAAUUGGGCCUUGUCAAAUUGUGUAUUUUGUGUAUAGAAGGAAAUUUAAGGAGAAAUUUACUUAUUUUCAUAUUGUAUUUUAACUGUUUCUCUGAUCAGAAGUUUUUUUACUACCUGCCUCCUUGUCCCCAUCCCUCUCUGGACCACGUCCACCCCUUUCCUUCCCCUUUGCCACCUCUUUUCCAGAUCAAUCUUUGGAGUUUAAACACUGUCUCUCAGUCGCAUCACCUUGAACUUUCCUCCCUCCUCCCUGACCGGCCCUGCUGCGUCCUGUUAUUAUUCCUCCCCCUCCUCCUCCUCCUCGACCUUUGGUUCCUCCUUCCCACGUUUCCUUCCUCCCUCCCUCCCUUCUCCCCCCGAAAUUCUUGGUCAUGAAUAUUGCAUUAUUCACACUUUCAAACUGUGUAUUUUCUUACAAUAAAAAAGGUUUAAAAAAGAGGCUUUACUUCUUUUGCAUGCACUUUAAAACCAAACAAAAAAAAAUUCCCCACGAAAACGAGACGAGACAAAACAAAAACAAAACAAAACGAUUUUACUUUUUUUCCAGGUUCGAAAGGAAGAGCAUGAUAAACUUGUCAGAGCUUUUAAUAAUCUUUGUAAAUAAAAAUGUUGCUCACGA